AUGCAACUCGAGUCUAAUGUUUCUAUUAAACCACUGCACAUCACCCCAAGACAUUCAUUACUCGUGAAAAAGAAGCAUGAUGUUCAAGCGAAGUAUCUCUUUGCAUCUCAAGUUCAGAUUGGUGAUUAUUUGUACUUAGUAGGUAAUGGCUAUCUAUCAGCUAUUCAGACCAAAGUGACUAGUGUAAAAAAUGUUCAACUCUUUGAUGCUUACGCACCACUUACACUUGAAGGAACUUUAGUUGUCAAUGAUGUUGUUGUCUCUUGUUAUGGAACAUAUAUGCAUUCGCUUGUUCAUUGGAUCAUGAUACCAAGACGAUGGUUACGUCAUGUUACUCUUCAAAUAGCAUUUUCCUUAAUGGGACCUACGUAUAUGAAAAAAUAUAUCGAUUAUCUACACGACUAUUUUUCAACAAUUGAUUUAUUUCGAUUGAUUAUACUCAAUCGAAUUCGCGAUAUCAUUCAUGAAUUUGUAUAUACAUGA